CUCUCUUUCUCUCUCUAUUUUUCUGUUUCUCUGCUUCACGAAAUCAUCAAACCGAGACGAAAACAAAACAAGCCCGCAUACUGUUUUGAUCAAGAACCUUAUUCAGAAACGAGGAGCUUUUCUUUUAUAUUGUGAUAGGCGGUGGGUUUUGGGCUGAGAUUAGAUUCUGAAAUGGUAGGAAAAGAAAACUUCAAGACUGAAGACUUGAACUUGUGCUUUGAGAAACUCAUGAUGUUUGGUGGUGGUAGUGCUGGUGCUAUUGCUCUUGGUUGUGGAAAAGUGAAAAUGGAAGGAAGGGCUAUUACUGAUUGGAAGGAUAUUCCCAUGGAGCUCCUGUUGCAAAUCCUUGGAAUUGUCGAUGAUCAGACGGUGAUCAUGGCUUCUGGAGUCUGUCGUGGCUGGAGAGAUGCUGUUUGCUUAGGCCUUACCCGUCUCUCCCUUUCAUGGUGCACCAAGAACAUGAACAACUUGGUCCUAUCUCUUGCUCCUAAGUUUACAAGAUUGCAGACUCUAAUUCUACGUCAAGAUAAACCCCAACUUGAGGAUAAUGCUGUUGAGAGCAUUGCAAACUUCUGUCAUGAUCUGCAGGUCCUGGACCUCAGCAAAAGCUUCAAGCUCAGUGACCGCUCCCUGUAUGCCUUAGCUCAUGGGUGCCCUAAUCUUACAAAACUCAACAUUAGCGGGUGUACGGCCUUCAGUGACAGUGCUCUUGAGUAUCUGGCUAGCUUUUGCCAAAAAUUGAAAGUUCUGAAUCUUUGUGGAUGUGUCAGAACUGCGUUAGACAGGGCAUUGCUGGCUAUUGGUCGUUAUUGCAGUCAGUUGCAGUGUCUGAAUCUUGGUUGGUGUGAGGAUGUAAGUGAUGUUGGAGUUAUGAGCUUGGCAUAUGGAUGCCCUGAUCUCAGAACCGUUGAUUUGUGUGGCUGUCUCCAAAUAACAGAUGACAGUGUGAUUGCUUUGGCAAACAGGUGCCCUCAUCUGAGAUCCCUUGGCCUCUAUUACUGUCAGAACAUUACAGACAGAGCAAUGUAUUCUUUGGCCCAGAGUUUAGUUAGGAACAAGCCUGCAGCAGUGUGGGAAUCUAGGAAACCCAAGAAUGAUGAGGAAGGGCUCAGGACUCUUAACAUCAGCCAAUGCACAGCACUAACCCCUUCUGCUGUUCAGGCGGUGUGCGACUCAUUUCCCGCACUUCAUACCUGCUCUGGAAGGCAUUCCCUCAUUAUGAGCGGCUGUUUGAACUUGACAUCCGUGCAUUGUGCCUGUGCUGUCCAAGCACACCGCACGGCUAGCGCCUUUCCUCAUUCAGCUCAUUGAGUAGAGGAACGAGGAUUAGGGUAACAAAUUAAAGUGUGUGGAAGGGCCGAGAACCCAAAGCCACAGUAUAUAUGUUUGUGUUGUGAUGUAAAUGGGCAAUGGCCUGGAACUACGGACUUUAAGUAUCUGACUUAUGUUAUCAGCUUUUGAAUUAUGACUUUUGCAGGAUUUUGACUGCUGGAAAGCAAA